CGCUGUAGGGGGGGAGGGCGGUGACCGCGGCGCAUACCACUUCGCGGCGGGGGGGAAAGCGGAUGCGGGCGGCGCGGCGGGCGCUGUGCACGGGCUGCGAGCGGCGCAGGAUGAAGGUGCUGGUAGCGGCGGCGGCGCUAGGCGCCGCGCUCCUGCUCCUGCUGCCCGCCGCCUCGCGGGCAGACGAGCGCAAGAAAGGGGCCCAAGGUCACGCCAAGGUGUUCUUCGACUUGCGGAUCGGCGAGGAGGAUGUGGGCCGCGUCGUCAUUGGGCUCUUCGGCAAGACGGUGCCCAAAACAGUGGAGAACUUCAUGAUGUUGGCCACCGGCGAGAAAGGAUUCGGCUUCAAGGGCAGCAAGUUCCACCGUGUGAUCAAGGACUUCAUGAUCCAGGGAGGAGACUUCACCCGCGGAGAUGGCACUGGAGGAAAAAGUAUCUACGGGGACCGCUUCCCUGAUGAGAACUUCAAGCUGAAGCAUUACGGCCCCGGCUGGGUGAGCAUGGCCAACGCUGGCAAGGACACCAAUGGCUCCCAGUUCUUCAUCACCACGGUGAAGACGCCAUGGCUGGACGGCAAGCAUGUGGUCUUCGGCAAGGUGUUGGAGGGCAUGGACGUGGUGACAAAGGUGGAGAGCACUAAGACAGACAGCCGGGACAAGCCCCUGAAGGAUGUUGUCAUCGCCGACUGCGGCACCAUCGAGGUGGAGAAGCCGUUUGCCAUCGCCAAGGAGUGAUGGGCCCUCCUGGCUCUGCCACACGGUGUGUGGCCCUGCGCUCUGCAAGGGGCUCAUCUGCCAAGGGCUGUGGACCAGGGGCUGCCCAGCUCCCCCUCCACACAUUCCCUGUGGGCCAGGGGUGGGUGAGCAGCAGCAGAGCCUUUCUUCCCCUGCUGCCUUCCCCCAGGCAGGAUGGGGUGCCAGCUGCUCUUCCCAUCGCUUUUGUAAGAACAACACAAACCAAUAAAUGUGACCAAUGUGUUUUUUAAAGAA